CAAAGUACCGCGAGAGCGAAGACGGCUGCGUAUGCGUUCGCAUCGCUCUCGCGGUACUUUGAUGUCAUACACUGAUCGGUCUGAAUCGAACACACCUAUAGCUGCUGCUGCUGCUGCUGUGUAAGCAAAACAUACCUCGCAGAUCUCAGCGGAGGCGGCAGCAGCCACAUCUUUAUUUCUGUUCCUCACUGAAAAACAUCACACCGAUGCUCUUCAGUACAGUACAAGAUCAGCGAAGAACAUACACAUGAGGUGACAUUGAUCACAAAACACGACAGCCUCUCUGUAACUGUAUGGACUCUGUGGAUGUGUGUUAGUCCAGGUGUGUGUUUGCACAUUUGUCCCCUCAAUGGUGGCGGCUCUGACUGACAGCACAAGUGUGUUUGCCUCUACUUUUGCCCGAUGGUGUCCUUGUUUAUCUGAGAGUGUUUGAGAAAAGCAAGCGUCAUGUCGAGGGCAGACAGGGCGAUUAACAGUGAAGCGGGUGACUGGGGCUACAGUGAGGAUGCUGGUGAAAGAGCAUGGCUCCUGCAGAGCCCCAGUGUGGACUCCAUCCAACCACCUAAUCAAUCUGACGACAGAAGGGGAGGGACUUCAUUACUUGGGGCUGUGUUUAUUGUGGUGAAUGCUGCUCUGGGAGCCGGACUUCUCAAUUUUCCUGCUGCUUUCAACAUGGCUGGAGGCGUCACAGCCGGAGUGACCCUUCAAAUGUGUAUGAUGGUCUUUAUCAUCACUGGGCUGGUGAUCUUGGCUUAUUGUUCUCAGGUGAGCAAUGAAACAACAUAUCAGGAGGUGAUUCGUGCUGUGUGUGGGAAGGUUCUUGGUGUCGUAUGUGAGCUGGGCAUUGCUGUUUACACCUUUGGCACCUGCAUAGCCUUCCUUAUUAUAAUUGGCGAUCAGUUAGACAAGCUGAUUGGCGCAAUAAAUCAUGAGUCGGAGAAGAUGAUUAGUUCGCACUGGUACACAGAUCGCAAGUUCACCAUCACUUUGACCUCAGUGCUGAUCAUACUUCCUCUGUCUAUACCCAAAGAGAUUGGCUUCCAGAAGUAUGCCAGCACCCUGAGUGUUAUCGGCACCUGGUAUGUGACAAUCAUAAUCAUCGUCAAAUACAUCUGGCCCGACAAAGACGUUUCUCCAGGAAUCAUCCCAGUCAGGUCAGAAGUACAUUUUAAAAAGUUAUUUGAGUUACACACAUUACAGAAGAGAUUGUGAUCACUACUGUAAUGUGAUGUU